AACCGCCCCAUCUCGAACCCGGCUUCUAGACUCGCUUCCUCACGAACUCCGGUACUGUGAGGCCAAAAUCACCCAUGGCGACCGCCUCAACAUCGAAACAGGCUAUGCAGUCUCCCACAACGAAAUCGUAUGAUGUCGCCAUCGUCGGCGCGGGCAUCGUUGGUGCUGCCCUGGCCUACUCCCUCGGUCGAUCAGGUCGGCGGGUGGUCCUUCUCGAGCGCGACCUCUCUGAGCCGGACCGCAUCGUUGGCGAGCUUCUUCAACCUGGUGGCAUCCGUGCUCUGGGUCUCCUCGACCUCCUCGACUGCCUGCACGACAUCGACGCGGUACCGGUUCAAGGAUAUCACGUCUUCUAUGGCGAGAGGUCUGUUCCGAUUCCGUAUCCAGAGGAGAAGAACUUCGAUGACGGAAUCAAGGGCAUAGACAGUGGGAGCGGAAAGGUGGAAGGGAGGAGCUUCCAUCACGGGAGAUUCGUCCAGAGGCUUAGGAAGAGGGCGAUGGAGCAACCAAAUGUUUCGACGAUUGAGGCGACUGUCAAGGAGCUUCUCGAGGAAGAUGGAGGGAAGGUCGUUGGCGUCGCUGCCUCCAGGAAAGAUGCAAACGGGGAGGAUGAGGAGGUCAAGAUUAAGGCGAGCCUAACAAUCGUUGUCGAUGGCUGCUUUUCUAAGUUCAGGCGAACACACGGCUCAACGAUUCAGCCCAUCGUUCGCUCCAACUUUGUCGCCCUGGAACUGGAGCACGCACCGCUCCCCUCACCACAGCACGGCCACGUCGUUCUGGGUCCAUCAGGACCCACGCUCUUAUACCAGAUCUCGACGGUCCACACACGCAUCCUCAUUGACGUGGGUGGCGAGAAGCUGCCGUCAGCCUCGAAAGGCCACCUGCAAUCCCACAUCCGCGACAAUGUUCUUCCCCACCUUCCUAAGCCGGUCCAGCCAUGCCUCCUCGCUGAACUCGACAAGGGCCAGCGCCUCCGGAGCAUGCCCAACAGCUUCCUUCCCCCAAGCAUGCAAGGCCAGAAUGCGCAUCGCAGUGGCGUCAUCCUUGUGGGCGAUGCCAUGAACAUGCGCCAUCCCCUGACGGGCGGUGGCAUGUCUGUUGGUCUGUGGGAUGUUGUCUAUCUCACCAACGAGCUCGGCGGCACGUCUUCCUGGCGACCAUCACAGUCGUGCUCGACGCGAAACGAAAGGGAUCUUCAGGACUGGGCUUCGCUCAAGCCGGCACUGCGCUCAUGGCACUGGCUCCGCAAGUCACGCUCGUCGGCCAUCAACAUCCUCGCUCAAGCGCUCUACAGCCUCUUUGGCGCGUCUGACGAGAAUCUCGAGGUGCUGCGACAGGGCUGCUUUGCCUACUUCGAGCAAGGCGGCGAAUGCGUCGGUGGACCUGUCCGACUCCUGUCCGGUCUGACACCCGACCCAAUGCUGCUCGUCUACCACUUCUUCAGCGUUGCCAUCCUCAGCAUCGUCCUGCUAUUCCGGGAGGGCACUGAGAAGGCGAGAAAAGAGGGUCGCAGCAUGCUGCUGACGUACCCGCGAUUGAUGGUGCGGAGCGUCCUCGUCUUUUGGACCGCCUGCGUUGUUCUCUUCCCUGUCGUCUUCUCCGAGCUCCGAUCAAAUGUGCCGACAUUCAAACAGGCGGCCAACGCUGCCGUCGACGGAGCGUCUGCUCCCUCCAAGAAGGGCCAAAGCCAUACUACUCUCGCCUUUGCCCUCUUUGCGGCCCUCGCAGCCGCUUACCUCUAUUCAACUUCCACUGCACUCACGGCUGGAGCUGGGAGCGCUGCAGGGCUGGGUCCCAACUCGUCUUCAUCGGCAGGCUUUCACUUUUCGCCUAUCAAGCUGCUCUUUUCCGAGGCAAAAGUCUAGAUGGUAGAGAGCUUCCGUCUUCAUUCCAGCCAGUCCCUAGUAAUACCGAUGCACACGCAUCUCAUGUCGAUUAAUGUCUUAACGUGACUGUUUUAUCCCAACCAAGAACUUGGCU